CAUGUGUGUACUCGGAGCUGGACGGAAGCCCGGGGAAUCUCCUCCUCCAGAGGACUGGUGUGGUCAGGUGGCUCAAUCCUUCCUUCCUCAGUACAGUGGACAGAACCACCCUCCGCCUAGCCGGUCCCCAACAGCUUCUCUACGCCAGUUCAUCUCCAAAGCUCUCAGGUCACUGUCUUUUAUUGUUCAAGAAAGGAGAAUCCCUAUCCUAUACAGAAGGAAAAAAAAUGUUCUUCUGGGUGUUAGCCCUCCUAAUCCUUUGUGGUUUUCUAUGGAAUUAUAAAAGACAACUAAAGAUUGCAGACAUCACAGAUAAGUAUAUUUUCAUAACUGGUUGUGACACUGGCUUUGGAAAUUUGGCAGCCAGAACUUUUGAUAAAAAAGGAUUUCAUGUAAUUGCUGCCUGUCUGACUGAAUCAGAGUCAAUAGCUUUAAAGGCAGAAACCUCAGAAAGGCUUCACACUGUGCUUCUGGAUGUAACUGACCCAGAGAAUGUCAAGAGGACUGCCCAGUGGGUGAAAAAUCAAGUUGGGGAGAAAGGUCUCUGGGGUCUGAUCAACAAUGCCGGCGUUCUCGGCGUGCUGGCUCCCACCGAUUGGCUGACAGUGGAGGACUACAGAGAACCUAUUGAAGUGAACUUGUUUGGCCUCAUCAAUGUGACUCUAAAUUUGCUUCCCUUGGUCAAAAAAGCUCAAGGAAGGAUUAUCAAUAUCUCCAGCAUUGGAGGUCGGCUCGCGUUCAGUGGAGGGGGUUAUAAUCCAUCCAAAUACGCAGUAGAAGGCUUCAAUGACAGCUUAAGACGGGACAUGAAAGCUUUUGGUGUACACGUUUCAUGUAUUGAACCAGGAUUAUUCAAAACAGGAUUAUCAGAUCCAAUAAAAGCCACUGAAAAAAAACUCGCCAUUUGGAAGCAUCUGUCUCCAGAUAUCAAACAACAGUAUGGAGAAGGUUACAUUCAAAAAAGUCUAGACAAGCUGAAAGGCACAACUUCCUUUGUGAACGUGGACCUCUCCCUGGUGGUGGAGUGCAUGGACCAUGCGCUCACAAGUCUCUUCCCAAAGACCCAUUAUGUUGCUGGAAGAGAUGCCAAGGCCUUCUGGAUACCUCUGUCUCACAUGCCAGCAGUUUUGCAAGACUUCUUAUUGUUGAAACAGAAAGUAGAGCUGGCUAAUCCCAAGGCGGUGUGACCAGUGUGACUCAGCAGACAACAAAUGCCUACCCCAGGUUAUGAGAUUGGCUGCUUUCAAGGGCAUAUCUCCUUUUUGGUCUCAUUCCUUACCUAAUCCAACCCAGACUCAUUUAGAUCAUUUAGAUGUGCUUCUUUUGAUACAUGAGGGAGUCCUACCCACACUGGGAAUGUCCCAGGGUCCCUUCUUAAGCCUUCUUUGAGAAGAAGGGCAGCAAUGACCUAUCCCAUAAAGGCCAUGAUAGCACCUGCCCAAUAUUUAGGUUUUGUCUGCUUAAUAUAUGUAAGGGAAAUUGAAAGCCUUUCCCAUCCAACAUGAUCUCUGCCACUGCCAGACCCAUUGCCUCUAGCCCCCACACCUUGAACUCCAGAAUGUUAAUUAUUUGUCCCGUAUCAAAAUGUUCAGAGAAAAGUAGAUUACUUUCA